AUGCCACUCUACAAGGUAUACCACUCCUAUCCCUUGACAGACGAACAGCGUCAAACUCUCGCCACUGCCAUUACCAAUCUACACUGUGAGACAUUCACCACUCCAUCUUUCUUCGUUCACAUACGCUUCAUCCCACACGAUGCAAGAGACGGCAACUAUUUCAUGGCCGGUCGGCCUCGCCUCACCAACUCCAACCAUAUAGUCGGCAUUGUCCGUACAUCGCCAGCUCGACCCAAUUCCGCUUUCGACGCUCUUGCAGCGAAGAUUGAAUCCGCAUGGUAUGAGGCGGUCCAUAGUCAGCUAGGUGAGGGACUGGAGGAGAAAAAUGCUACCGAUAGAAAGAGGCUUCUCCUGGUCAUGUUCACGCCGAUGAUCACCAUCCGCGAAGGAGGUAUGGCCAUCCCGGAGGCUGAUCAGGAGGACAACUGGCUCACGAAGCAGCUGCUUUUCAUCAGGCAGAUGAGUGAGGAGGGACUGGACGAUUUUACCGAAAUGCUCCGAGAAAUCCAGGAGAGGGAGGACCUGAAAGGAUUAGUCUCGAAUUGGGCGUCAUGCGUGACACCCGUAUUCUGUCAAUCACGAGUCUACGCCACUUGA